AUGUCUCUGCCAGUAGUGAGCAUCGAUGUUGACUACGAUGCGGAGAAAGACAAAAUCCAUAACUUCCUGACAACAUACGUCGGUCAAGAAAAGGAUCUGGCAUUCGCGCUUUCCGAAAUCAACAUCAAUAAUGAUGCACAUGAUCCUCCAGCCAGACAGGGGUUGAAGUAUAUGGAGCAGCUGCAACGCAUCGCAAAUCGAGAACAAGAGAUGCUGGUGAUUGACCUUGAGGAUAUAUCCGAGCAUGAGAAGACCAUCGCUGAGCUCGUAGCGCGUAUCCGACGAAAUACACGGCGAUACGUGAUGCUGUUCAGCGAGGUCGUGGAUAAGAUCAUGCCGGUACCAACGAAAGACAUAAGCGAGCAUGACGAGGUUAUCGACGUGAUUUUGCAUCAACGGAGGGAAAGGAACGAGAGACUGGAGGGCAAUCAGGAAGGAUUCCCAGACCACCUGCUCAGGCGAUACAACCUGUAUUUCCGACCGCUCCGCUCAGACAUUGCGAUGGCUGUUCGUGAGGUCAAAGGAGCAUAUCUCGGCAAGCUCAUCACCGUCCGCGGGAUCGUGACGCGCGUCUCUGAGGUUAAACCUCUCCUCAAAGUCAAUGCGUAUACUUGUGACGUCUGUGGCUCAGAAACCUUCCAAGAGGUUUCUCAUAAACAGUUCACACCGAUCUUCGACUGCCAAAACGAAUCCGAGUGCAAGAAGAACGGAAUUCAUGGAUCCCUUCACAUGCAGACACGCGCGUGCCGUUUCAGCCCUUUUCAGGAAGUCAAGAUCCAGGAGAUGGCAGAUCAGGUCCCUGUGGGACACAUCCCUCGCUCAAUGACUGUUCAUAACCACGGAAGUCUCACUCGACUCAUGAGCCCGGGCGACGUCGUUCACCUUGGGGGGAUAUUCCUCCCCAUCCCGUAUACAGGCUAUCAGGCCGUACGUGCAGGCCUGCUGACCGACACUUAUCUCGAGGUGCAUUACAUCCAUCAGCUCAAGAAGCAGUACAACGAUAUGGAGGCGACCCCGGAAAUCCGUCGCAAGAUCUUGGAGCUCAAGGCUGAUCCCCAGCUGUACAUCAAGCUGGCGCAGAGUAUCGCCCCCGAGAUAUACGGACAUCUCGAUGUCAAGAAGGCGCUACUGCUGCUUCUGGUAGGCGGCGUGACAAAGACUCUUGGGGACGGCAUGAAAAUUCGCGGUGAUCUCAACAUCUGUUUGAUGGGUGAUCCCGGUGUAGCCAAGUCGCAGCUACUCAAAUACAUAUCGAAGGUCGCCCCUAGAGGAGUCUACACCACGGGUAAAGGAUCAUCGGGUGUUGGUCUGACCGCGGCGGUCAUGCGCGACCCUGUGACAGAUGAAAUGGUUCUGGAGGGUGGUGCACUCGUCUUGGCUGACAAUGGAAUUUGCUGUAUCGAUGAAUUUGACAAGAUGGAGGAGUCAGACCGAACGGCUAUCCAUGAGGUCAUGGAACAGCAAACAAUCUCCAUCUCAAAAGCCGGCAUCUCGACGACACUCAAUGCCCGCACAUCUGUUCUUGCCGCUGCUAAUCCCCUUUUUGGUCGGUACAACCCGAAGCUCUCGCCGGUGGAGAAUAUUAACCUGCCAGCGGCACUACUCUCCCGUUUUGACUUGCUGUUCCUGAUCUUGGACAAGCCGACGAAGGAUGACGAUGAACGGCUCGCGCAGCACGUCACGUAUGUGCACAUGUACAACACUCACCCUGAGCUCGACUAUGAGCUGGUUGAUCCCACUAUUAUGCGGCAUUACAUCGCUCUAUCCCGUCAAUACAGGCCAACUGUUCCGCAAGAGGUAUCCGACUACGUCGUCGAGUCCUACGUGCGCCUCCGGAAGCAAUCCAAGGACGAAGAAGAGCAGAAGAAGUCGCACGCCUAUAUAUCCGCCCGAACGCUCCUGGGCGUUCUCCGCCUCGCCCAGGCGCUCUGUCGGCUACGAAAUUCGAAUGAGGUCAUUAAAGAGGACGUCGACGAGGCACUUCGCCUGAUGGAGGUCAGCAAAGCAAGCUUGCAGGAGGAGGAGAACCAAGAGCGCGACCAGGACCGUUCAGAUACGAGCAAGAUCUACCGGCUCAUCAAAGAUAUGGCUGUUGACAGGCGCGCUGUGUCCGACGGCAAGCGGAAGAAGAGAAAGACGAAGCGCCUCGGCAGGGGUCCCGCGGGCGAGAACGACAUGGAUGUGGACGACGAAGGACUGCAAGACCAAGACGAUCUGGACGAGCUCUCCUUGGUUGAUAUUAGAGCUCGGGUGCUCAGGAGCGGCUUUACCGAGGCGCAACUCAUGGAUACCAUCAUGCAAUACGAAGACAUUGAAGUAUGGAUGCGUGUGGCGAACGACUCGAAGCUGCGCUUCAUCAACCCCGUCAGCUAG